UGAUACUUUGAAUCAGUAAUGGAGUUUGCUCAAUACGCAGUUGUUUUGUUGAUCACUCUUCUCUUCUUGGUGCUAUCUUUCAAGCGUCGGCUUAAUUUGCCUCCAUCUCCAUGGGGGCUGCCUCUUAUCGGUCACUUGCAUCUCUUGGGAAGAAUGCUACACCUUUCAUUCCAGGCACUCUCCACAAAGUAUGGACCGAUUGUGUUUUUACGCCUGGGAAUGGUACCAGCUGUGGUGAUCUCCAGUCCGGAGCUAGCGAAAGAGGUACUAAAGAUCCAGGAUGCAAAUUUUGCCUCGAGGCCAUACUUGAUCAUGGGGGAGUACAACUUCUACAACUUCCGAGACAUUGGUUUUGUUCCAUAUGGCGACUACUGGAAAAGAAUGAGGAAGCUUUGCGCUACAGAGCUCUUUACUGUCAAGCGCAUUGAAUCGUUUCAAGGGGUGCGAACGAGAGAAAUGCGUGGCGUCUUGUCUGAGCUUGUGAAUGCGGCUGACUAUCAGAAGCCAAUCAACAUGAGGCACCUCCUGACAACAUAUGUCUUCAAUGUUGUCAUGCAGAUCCUGAUGAGCAAGCGUUUCUUCGAGUAUGGUGAGCAUGAGGCUAAGAUGAGCAGUGAGGCCGAGGAUUUCAAGCACAUUGUGUUUGAAAUCACCGAGCAGAUGCUUCAAUUCCACAUCAGUGAGUUCGUACCGGCGUUCAUGAGACGGAUUGACUGGAAGAUCCCAGAGAUGAAGAGGAUACAUGCGAGACAAGACAAGUUCUUGCAGAGAAUUUUAGACGAUCACAAGGCUAGGCUCGAGUCCGAGACCUCGCAGCCCAUAGAUUUCAUGGAUAUCAUGCUGCAAAGCUUGAAAAGCGAAGGAGCCCGGGGAGAGGAAUCGGUCAAAGCUAUUGUCACGGAGCUUUUAUCUGGAGGAGAUACCAGCGCUAGUUUGAUUGAAUGGACGCUGUUGGAACUCAUGCACAAUCCACUUAUUCUUCAAAAGGCCCAGGAAGAGAUUGACACCGUUGUCGGAAAGGAACGCCUUGUUGCGGAGAGCGACUUUGACAAACUGGAGUACCUUCAGGCAAUUGUCAAGGAAGCGUUCCGCAUUCAUCCUCCAGCUCCGCUGCUGAUUCACAUGUCAACCGAAGCGUGCAAGGUUGCUGGCUAUGACAUUCCCAAAGGAACUUCCACAUUUGUCAAUGGUUAUGCAAUUGGAAGAGAUCCGGCAGUAUGGGAGGAUGCAUUGCAAUUCAAGCCGGAAAGGUUCCUUGGGAACUCGAUCGACGUAAAAGGCCAGGACUUUGAGCUGCUUCCAUUUGGUGCGGGCCGAAGAAUGUGUCCGGGGAUGUCACUGGGAUUGAAGACUGCUCAAUUGCUAUUGUUUAACUUGAUUCACUCUUUCGACUGGAGCUUUGUUCCUGGCAAAGGCAUGGAUUGUUACGAGCUCAAGGAACAAAGUGGGACUGUUCUCUGGUUGGAAACACCACUUGAGGUUGUUGUUUCUUCAAGACUCCCAAAACCUAUAUAAUUAAACUUUUAUUUUGCUUGUCAA